AUGCCUCCAUCGACCGGAAAAGGAUACCUUCUAAAUGGACCCGCUGACUGGGACUCCUUUGAGCAAUCAUACAUUAUGAAAGUCUCCGCUGAACGCGUCUACGAACUGGGAAGGCUCAAUACCCCUGCUCAGUUCAUAGACAAAAGGAUCACAGAGCCAAGGAGGCCUGAGUUCAGCGACUACCUCGCGCGAGAGCAAAACGAAGCUCGUUCCCGCUCCACGAAUUCCUCUCAGUCUACAGUCAGAUCGUCGGAUCCAGCCACAUCGUACGUCGAACUUGUGCCUGAGGAUCAAGAGGCAUACAAGGCAUCGAUGGCAAUAUAUAAGAGCGAUCUUGAUAGAUAUAAUAAGCAAGCGGAUGGAAUCAGGAAUGUCCUUAAUUGGAUGAUUGAAAAGAUCAAUCCACACUACGUCGAAACAUGCUCCCCUGCGAUGAACGAAUCCACACAGCAUGACAAUAUUUCGAUGUUCUAUACGAACCUGAAAGCUGCUCGAACCAACUGGGAAGAUUGGAUUACCUCAUGGGAAAAGGCAAUGAGAAUUGCAAAGCUCAGAGGGGUCGCAGAAGCACAACACUCAAAUACAUGGUUUGAGGAUCUACAGCAGAAUCUGGAUGUUCAAUUUAGGAUAUUCUUGCGAAUUGAACAAGGACAGAAUAAGGAUGCAAUUGAAGCAGGCACCUACCUUCCGCUAACUUUCUCUGCACAAUUUCGCCAGGAAAUUCAAUCAAUGAAGAGGAGAAGCGAUCGCAAUCCUAGAAAUCAGGUGGCAAAAGGGAGCUUCAAAACCACGUUUCAAGACUCCUCCCCAGAAAUAAGGAAGCGAAGCAGAUCAUCAACGGGAGAAACCAAGAUAAGCCCAGGCAGAGAAGGAUCAGCAAAACGACCUCGGGCUUCUAUAGAGUUAGAAUUGUGUAUAUUAUGCGAGAAGAAGCACAAGAACGCCAACACGACAUCUUGCUGGGUGGCGUUCCCUGAGAAGGCCCCAAAGAAAUACCCUACAUCACAACGUCAGCUUGAUCUCUGGGAACAACGGCUUGAGGACAAGAAGGAAGUUCGAGAACUGUUUGAGAAACUCCAGCAGGAGAAACAAGACUCAAAAGAGAAGUCGGAUUGA